GGCGCGGCCCCUCGUGGGUGUGAGUGACUGGAGAUAGGGCACGUGGAGCCGAUGCGUGGGGCGAGGGCGGGAUGGAGAUGAGAGUGGAGUUCUGGUUGAAGAAAUAAUUUAGUCUACAUGUGCUUCAGUACCCAUUGGAAGAAUGACAGAUGACAAAGAUGUGCUUCGAGAUGUGUGGUUUGGACGAAUACCAACCUGCUUCACGCUGUAUCAGGAUGAGAUAACUGAAAGGGAAGCUGAACCUUAUUAUUUGCUUUUACCUAGAAUAAGCUACUUGACGCUAGUAACGGACAAAGUGAAAAAACACUUUCAGAAGGUUAUGAGACAAGAGGAUGUUACUGAGAUAUGGUUUGAAUAUGAAGGCACACCCCUGAAAUGGCAUUUUCCGAUUGGAUUGCUAUUUGACCUUCAUGCAUCAAAUACAGCCCUUCCUUGGAACAUCACAGUACAUUUCAAGAAUUUCCCAGAAAAGGAUCUACUGCACUGUACUUCUAAAGAUGUGAUUGAAGCUCAUUUCAUGGCUUGUGUAAAGGAAGCAGAUGCCUUAAAGCACAAAAGUCAAGUCAUCAAUGAGAUGCAGAAAAAGGAUCAUAAACAGCUCUGGAUGGGGUUACAGAAUGCAGAUCAUUAUCACCUAAUACCUGGAAGUAAUCUGGAAAUACCUGCAAACUUGCCAGCUUCUCCGAACAACAAAUUUGACCAAUUUUGGGCCAUAAAUCGGAAACUCAUGGAGUAUCCUCCAGAAGAUAGUGGAUUUCGUUACAUCCCAUUUAGAAUAUAUCAGGUAACAACGGAACGACCUUUUAUACAGAAGUUAUUUCGUCCGGUUGCUACAAAUGGGCAGCUAAAUACACUCGGAGAUCUCCUAAAAGAAGUUUAUCCUGCUGCAAUUACUCCUGAAGAUGGAGAAAAGAAGAAUCAAGUGAUGGUUCAUGGAAUUGAGCCGAUGCUUGAGACACCAGUACAGUGGCUAAGUGAACAUAUGAGCUAUCCUGAUAAUUUUCUUCACAUUAGUAUUAUUCCCCAACCUACAGAUUGAAGAAUCAGAUGUAUCAGAUAUAAGGAUUAUCCUCAGGCUGGAUUUACCAGGGCAUGUUAACCUUUUACUUAUGUCAGGCUUGGUGGAGGCAACCUGACCAGAAAAACCUCACUGCUGCAAGCCAAACAGGAAAAAAGAUCCCAUCACUAGAUAAGGACAUUUGGGCUGGUCUUAGUUUGCAUCACCACUGCUUUUCUCCUCAGUUGUGACAUGAAAGACUUUACAGGACCAUUGAAAGUCUGCUGUUUUCUUGUAAAAUAUAAUGAAGCUGAAACUAUUAGCCUGAAGAGCAAAUGGAAAUAUGUGCCACCUGAUUUGUAUUUCUGAUUAACAAAUAAACAAGGGUUUUUCCUAAUGUGACAAUAUUUCAGCUUUGGUUUGAGUGGAAACAUUGGUUUAAUUUUCUAGAAAAUUAGACACCAAGAGAAAUUGUUAUCAAUAACUUCUAGUAACUUUUUGUAAAAGAUCAAGUUACAGUAAACCCAGAUUUCCUUAAUAGGAAUUUCAUAUGUUUACAGUAUGUCUAUUGGUAUGAAAACUGUCUUUAACUUUGAUAACAAGCAGUGAGAAAUUUUUAAAUAAAACCUCUGAACAUAUAUUUUGUCAUUUAAGAACAUGCACAACUUAGUCACAAGUGUUUUUGAUUUAUAUGCAGUUUGUCACUGAAUAUACUUUGGUGUAAGUUUAUCAUUCAAACUAGUUUUCAGUGGAAUAGUAAUGGUGUAGGAUAAUUUGCUCAGGAGCUGUUGUGGCAUUCUUCUGAUAAUUUAAAAUGUCUUCUGAAAUAAUUUUUUCUUAACUCAAUAAAAAUGUAAAAUAAUGUUGCAGAUUAUCAUACCAUUCUAUUUAUUCCCAUAGAUUAGAAAUUGGUCACAUCACAAUAUGAUAAACAGAUGUAUUGUUUUUGAACAAUUUUGAAUAUUGGAAAAUUGAGCCUUUUCUGAGCUAGUUCUCAUUGUGAGUUCAGUUUCCUAAUGUGGUCCCAUAGUAAUCAGCACAUGAAGUAUCAACAGUUUAUAAUCUCAUUGCAAUAGAUUUUGCUUAAUUUACCAAAUAUGUUUAUAGGUUACUGGAACUCAUGCUCCAAUAUUUGUAAAUUUUUAUUACAUCAUUGCAGUUGCUACAGCGAUCCUACCUUUUAUUUUAUUUUAUUUUUUUAUUGCAUUCAUCUUGUCAUGAGCCAUAUUACUCUGUCUGCUUAUUCUUGGUUGCUGCAAACAAGAGUAUGUUGUAAGCAUAUUGUCAUGUAAAUGUUUUCUUAAAGAAACAUGUUAUUUUCUCCAAAAAAAAAAA